CUCACAUCCCGCCAGUAAAUUGGCCCAAUGCUCCGAUGGCGGUACCGGCGGUAGACGAUGACCGUGGGCAUCACAGAAGAAGAGGAAGCGCACCUGCAAGUGGUCUAUGCUGCACGGCAGGAUCUGCUGAACGGAGAGAAUUUAGGAAAACAAUGGGAUGCCACGCAGACGCUGGGGCAUCCUGUUGAGAAUGCCACCAGCAUGGUGAUCAUCCGUGGUGCGGAGGUCUUGGCUGAAGCGCUCACCAGGACUGACCUGGACGCCGGCAUCCGCUGGGGCGCGGCGGAAUCCAUCGCACACCUGGGGGAGGCUGCGGGGAAUACCGCCGCGUUUGCGCUGGCCAAGGCCUUGCUGCAGAGAAAACCUGGACAGGUGGUGUCGGAUAGCUACGUGCGAACUGGCUUGGCCGAAUGCAUUGGCCGCAUGGGCGCCGCCGCGCGUGGCAGUGGUGCCGUGGCCUUGUCCAAGGCCCUGCAGGAUGACCGUGACGCCUCGGUCCGGAGGAGAUCUGCGAUGGCUCUGGGGCACCUGGGGCACAUUGCAGGGAAGUUAGGCGCGUCAGCCUUGGUACGGGCACUGAAAGUGGACAAAGAUCUCUUGGUGCGUUGCCGUUGCGCUGAAGCCCUGGGUGCGGUGAAGUCUGGGGAGGAAGAAGCGAAAGCUCUGGUGGAGGCCCUUCGUGGCAACGAGACGGAUGUCCGCUGGCGUUGCGCCAUGAGUUUAGGCAAGUUGGGCCCCAUGGCUGGAAAGGAAGGGGCUGCAGCCCUCCUCAAGGCGCACUCCGACCGGGUGGUGGCGGUACGUGAGCACGCCAUGCGGGCAGCCAACAUGGCGGUGGCACGCUGUUUGGAGGUUUUAGAGGAGCUGGUGCAUCCCUACAUUCGUGGUCUGGCCCUGUGGUUCCUCGGCUCCGUGGGUCCACGACGGGAGAGCACCGAGGCACUGGUGGCAGUGAUGCUGCGGGAGGAGGUCUACCUGCGGCGUCGCGCCUGCGAGGGCCUCGGCUGCCAGGGCCAAGGCAUGGGUGCCUUGGGCGCCUUGGCCCUGCGACGAGCCGUGGAGGAGGACCCCGAUGUGUACAUCCAGUGGCACGCCUCCCAAAUCUACCAGCAGCUGCCAGCAGAACUGCAGGCGAAAGCAGAAAGUUCUGAAGCGUCAGAGGAAUUGAAAUCACUCGUAGCGAAGGAUGCACUGAGACAGCAGGAACUGAAGAAACAAAGGAAGGGCACGGUAAUACCCCGCUGGGAGCCUGAACUGCCCGAGCCUCCACCCGAAGAGGAGGCUCCACUUCUGCCGGACAUGGCCAUGGAACGGCAACGGCCCGCAGAGAUCACUACGCCACAGGAGCUGAAGAGUCCUUCGGGGCCCUCUCCGACAGUGCCAGCCAAUAUGGAUGCUUGGGCGAACAGUCCGUUGUCGCCACAGACGCCCAUCGAGCCUGAGGCCGAGGUGGUGAAGAGCUUCGUGGACACGGCACGCUCCAGAGAUGUUUUCCGAGCUUUCGCGGAGGGUGGUGAGAUCAACCGUGAAGAUCUCUACAAGGCCUUGAAGAUGUUAGGUCACGUGGAGGUCAACAACGAGUGGGUCAGCGCCAUCGUGAAGGACAAGUUCUCGGACCGGAACUUCUUGGACGCGUUAGAUUUCUCGAAGUUUUUGGCCGAGUACGAAGCGUGCCACAUGAACUACGUUCGCAUGAAAUUUGCGGAGGCCGAUGUGGACGGCUCCGGCCGCGUGGACGCCGCCGAGCUCGCGCAGGUGCUGCGGCGCGCUGGCUUCACGCCCAUUACAGGCGUUGUGGAGCAGCUGCUCUUGGAGGUCUGUCCUCGAGCCAUGGAGGUGACCUUUGUGAACUUUGCCAAGAUCCUAGGCAUCAUGCGCUACCGGCUGGGCUUCACUUUGCAGGAAUAUUCCGAGAUCAUGGCCGCCUUCCGACGUGAGGACCGUUCAGGACGAGAGAAGCUGAACCUCUUGGAGGCAAGAAGCUGUCUCGAUUGGUUGGGCUUUGAUAUCUCUCAAGAGGACUUGGAAGCUGUGUGGCACGAGGACCUCAAGGUCCAAGCGCAAGCGAAUUCCUCGCAGACCGAGGAGGAGUACGGAAUCAACGACUUCGACAUGGUGCGCCUGGUACGGGCGGUACGUGAACGCGAGGCACACUUCGUUGCCAGGCGCUUGAGGUGCGCCGCUAGGAGGGGUUGA